AUGGAUAGCUCAGAAACUGAAUCUUACUCAUCAGACAAGAUGACCAACAACUCACAGGAUGCAACUUUGAAUGAGUUGUUUGCCCAACUACUGGAAGAACUACAUAAGGAAACACAUCCUACUCAAGAUUUCAAAAGCAUAGAAGCCUCCAUCAAAAAACUUCCCAAACUUCAGUCCAAUUUCGAAAACCCACCUCAGUCGAAAGACAAAGUAGUCAGGAUACACGAUCCAGUGACUGCUGCUACAACAGUUAAAAAGCAAGAUGAUGAGACCAGUGGCUCAAAGUGGUUCAACAUGUCGCGCCCCGAACUCACAUCCACCAUCAAGCGUGAUUUACAAAUCAUCAAACAAAGACAAGCUCUAGACCCUAAACGCCAUUACAAGAAGGAGAAAUGGCAAAUCCCCAAAUAUUUCCAAAUGGGUACUAUAAUCGAAGGCAAUACUGGUUAUUACAACAAGUUGACCAAAAAGCAACAGGGGACAAACUUGGUGGAAGAAUUGUUGCAUGAUGAUGCGACGAAAAAGUAUUUCAAGAGGAAAUAUCAUGAAAUCCAACAACAAAAGACUAGUGGUAAAAAGAGUCAUUAUAAAAAGGUAAAGAAUGAUCGUAAAAAGUUUUAA